AUGGAGCAAUUAGGUUCUACUUUAACGGCAACUUAUGCCCACCCUAGACCAACACCAACCAACUUCCUACCAGCCAUCAGCACCAUGGCAUCGAGCUACAGGGACCGUUUCCCCCACUACAAUCUGACCCAUAGCUUGAGCCUUCCUUGGAGACCCAGCACAUACUACAGAGUAGCCUCCAACUCACCGAGCUUGGCCCCGUACUGCACCAGAGCUCAGAGAGUGUCUGAGAGCACCAUGCUUCCCUUUGUUUCCAACAGAACCACUUUCUUCACAAGAUACACUCCUGAUGAUUGGUACAGGUCCAAUUUAACCAACUAUAAAGAGUCCAGCACUUCCCGACAUAAUUCAGAGAGACUCAGAGUAGACACAUCUCGCCUGAUUCAAGACAAAUAUCAGCAAACAAGAAAAACCCAGGCAGACUGCACCCAAAAUUUGGGAGAACGCGUCAAUGACAUAGGGUUUUGGAAAUCUGAAAUCAUUCAUGAGUUGGAUGAAAUGAUUGGAGAGACAAAUGCAUUUACUGAUGUUAAGAAAAGAUUGGAGAGGGCUUUGAUGGAGACGGAAGCUCCUCUUCAGGUAGCCCGAGAAUGUCUAUUUCAUCGAGAGAAAAGAAUGGGAAUCGAUCUAGUUCACGAUGAAGCUGAAAAAGAACUGCUGACGGAAGUUGAUGUUAUUCUGUGUUGUCAAGAAAGAAUGAAGCUGCAUUUGGAUAAGGCGAUCGCCCAACUUGCAGCUAACAGAGCUACCCAGCACGAGCUGGAGAAGGACUUGAGUGACAAGCAGAUGGCUUACCGGAUCGACGACAAAUGCCACCACCUGCGCAACACUUCAGAAGGCAUCAGCUACUUCCGUGGAGUGGAGAGGGUCGAUGCGACGGUCUCGGUGCCUGAGUCCUGGGCCAAAUUUACGGAUGACAAUAUUCUCCGCUCCCAGAGUGAACGGGCAGCUUCUGCCAAGCUAAGAGACGACAUUGAAAACCUCUUGGUUGUGACUGCCAAUGAGAUGUGGAAUCAGUUCAACAAAGUGAAUGUGGCUUUCACCAAUCGCAUUGCUGAGACUGCAGAUGCUAAGAAUAAGAUCCAGAUUCACUUAGCGAAGACCCUGCAGGAGAUUUUCCAGACUGAAAUGACCAUCGAAUCCAUCAAGAAAGCCAUCAAAGACAAAUCUGCCUUCCUGAAGGUGGCUCAGACCCGACUGGACGAGCGAACGCGGAGACCGAACAUAGAACUCUGCAGAGACAUGGCUCAGUUACGCCUUGUUAACGAGGUGCACGAAGUGGAUGACACCAUCCAGACCCUGCAGCAGCGCCUGAAGGAGGCGGAGGAAACCCUGCAGUCGCUGGUCCACACCAAAGCCACCCUGGAGCAUGACCUGGCCGUCAAAGCCAAUUCCCUGUACAUCGACCAGGAAAAAUGCAUGGGCAUUCGCAAGAGCUUCCCCAGCACCCUCCGGCUGGUCGGCUUCUGUUAG